AUGCCUAAGUGUUUGUGUUCAAAGUGCCGACUAAUAAACGGCAAACAAUUAUCGUGGAGAACUUGGCGGCAACAUCAAAGGAAUAAUUACCAACAUAUAACUUCCGUCUCAAUAAAUUCUUUAUCUCAACCUACUUUAACUAAUUUAUUAAGUCAAGAACUUGAAACUUUUGAUAGACCAAGUGACGAAAAUGAGACAAGUUAUAACUUUGAUGACGAAAAUAGGAUAAAUCAUGACUUUGACGACGAAAAUGAGAUAAAUUAUGACUCUAAUAAUGAAAAUGGGAUAAAUUAUGACCUUGAUGACGAAAAUGGGAUAAAUUAUGAUUUUGAUAACAGUACAAAUAUAGCAGAGUUGUCUUCAUAUACAGAAAACUCUGUAUCAUUUCAAGGGCGUGGCAAACUGACACCAAACAAGAUUUCAUUUUAUAAACCAAAAAAUUUACCGAUAAUGCGGUUAGAUUGUUUGCCAGACGAUUUUGACCAAAGCGAUCAGGAUAGUACUUCUUGUCAAAGCGAUGUUGAUCAAAGUGAGCAAUAUAGUAAUCCUAAUCAAAGUGACAAAAAUGAUAAUUCUGAUCAAGACGAAUAUGAAGAAAUCGAUAUCAAUGAGGAGACUGAUGAUGAAGAUUAUGAAAAAAUUACACCAUUUUCAUCAUCAUUAAACGUUGAUUUGAAGAUAUCAGAUAUCUUUCUAGCACCAUCGUAUAAUCCAGUACGGCUCUCAUAUAAUCCGCCACUUUUAAAAGAAAAUUAUGUAAUACAAUGGCCUAAAACGAUUUACCCUUAUCAAUCUAUUACCGCAAGAAUUGCGUCAAUAUUAGCAGAUAAAUCGAAUGAAAGACUAAUGGAUUCUCCAUUUAAGCGACAAAUUGAGAAGGGCGUAUUAGGUGACAUCUAUGACGGAAAAGUUUGGCAAGAAUUUUUAGACGAACAAGGACAGCCAUUUUUCGUAGGGGAUAAAGCUGAGCCUAUAGUCAAUGAAUUAAAGCAACUUUGGGUUGGUCAAUUAUUUCAAACUUCUUUAUAUCCGAUUGGGCGUAUAUUUCGUUGUGCAUUAAUUCAAAUUGCAUGUGAUAUACCGGCUGCGCGUAAGGUUACAGGACUAGCCCCGCAUUCUUCAAAGCAUGCAUGCAGCAAAUGUACUAGGGUUUUUCCGUGUUUUUCAGGAUCUUCUAAAAUUGAUUAUUCCAAUUAUAUUCAAGAAGAUCCACCAUUGACUAAUGCUGAACAUCGACGAAUAGCGCUACAAUAUAAAAUUAGUGAUUCAACAGCACGAAAAAAAAUAUUUCAACAAUAUGGAAUCCGAUGGACCUGUCUCUUAGAAUUGCCAUAUAUCGAUAUACCCAGAUUUACUACAAUUGAUCCAAUGCACAACAUAUUUUUAGGUACAAGUAAACGUAUAAUGCAACGUGCGUGGAUGAAUGAUAAUUUUCCAAAAAUUGGUAUUAAACAAUUGUAUGAAAUUCAAAGCCUAAUUGAUGCAACACCUUUACCAGUCGAUAUGGGUCGUAUAAACUUUAAAAUUACAUCAGGAUUCAAUGCACUUACUGCUGACCAAUGGAAAACGUGGGUUCUAAUUUAUUCGACAUAUGUUUUGCACCAAUUUCUUGAUGAAGCUGAUCGGCAAUGUUGGCAAGCAUUUGUUACUGCUGUAUCAAUAUGGAGUCAAAGAAUUAUAACCGAGGCGGAAAUUGAGGCUGGUCAUAUAACUAUGAUGGCAUUUUUACAAUAUUCUGAACAAAUUUAUGGUAAACGUUUUUGUACUCCUAAUAUGCACUUACAUAAACAUUUACGAGAAUGUAUGCUUGAUUAUGGGCCAUGGUAUUCAUUCUGGUGUUUCACUUACGAACGUUACAAUGGAGAACUUGGUUUAUUUUCUAACUCAAAUCGUAAUAUGGAAUUGGAAGUGCUUGAAAAUUUUAACCAUCAAGUUUAUAUCCAACAAAUUAAGGCAAAAGCUUAUCAUUACCUGCCCCAAGAUUUUUUAUCGUCUUUAGAUUUAAUCGCUCAAAUGAAUAUUGAGAAAACUGGAACUUUAGGACAUUAUAAUUUUACAGUUCAAGAGGCAUUGGAUUUUCGUGCGAUGUCUGGUGGAUUAAUUAAUCGUAUUGUGACUGGCUCAGAACAAUUUCCUGGUCAUUUUAUUGGCCCUUUCCAUGAAAUUACCUUAUCAACUAAAAUAAUUGAAUUUCUCGUUCAUUAUUAUUCAAACAUUUAUCCGAAUUAUAGCUUUCAUAACGAAAAUCAAACACCAAAAUCAAACUAUUCAAUUCUUGUUUCUUCAACGGCACGUCGAGCAACAGCUCUCAAACUUGGAGAUGAGAUAUACAGUUCAUUCUAUUCACGCUCUGAUUUAAAUUCCAAUAUAUUUGCGCGGUGGCAAUUAGAUGAUGGUAAAAGAAUUAAUUGGCCAGGAGUAAUUAAGUUUUUUUUUGAACAUCGGAUCUCUUUACCGAGUUCAACAACCCCGACUAGCCAUUAUCUUGCUAUCAUUGAUUGGUACAAAAGAGAUUUACAAAAACAAAGCUAUUUCUAUGUCAAAUCACGAGAUAGCAUAUCAAAAAACAUAUUAUCUACAAACGCUGAUGGAAGUUAUCAUGCUGAGUUAUGGGAAGAUCGAUUUGUUGAACGAGGGUUUGAAACUAUAUUACCGAUUCAAAGAAUAAUUGGUCGAUUUGUUAAAACAAGCAUUACUAGCUUAACUCAAACUGUAAAUGAAAUAAAAUCUCUUUUAACUUCAUCCGAUGUUAAAGGCCAACUUGAAACAACCAAAAAUUCUGUUGAUUCUUUGAAGCGUCGACUUGAUAUUUAUGAACAAAAUCAGAGUGAAUUUGUAACCUCCAUACAACGUAUUAAUAAUGAACAUGGAAUUAAAAUUCAACGUAUUGAGGAUACACUAAUCACUACAACAACUAUAUUGGAAAAUUUGUCAACAUCAACUUUAGCACUUCAAACUACCAUGAAUAGUCUAUUACCCUCUAUGCAAAAUCAUAACAGUAUUAACAUUUCAAAUGCAACAAUUAAUUCUCCACACGCUAUUACUACAGCAAAUCCUAUACUCACUGCGAAACUUCAUGACAAAAUGCGUUAUUUCAAUGGAUUUGAUGAUUUCGAACCUCCAAUAUUUAAUAAUAAUUACAUAUAUAACUUCGAAUUUGGUCCUAAAAAUCGAAAAAACAAAAGAAUUACACAAAAUUACGUUGAUCUUUUUAUCAAAGAAUUUGACGUUCAGUUUGAAGAAACGCAAACCAAUGAAACAUGGAAUGAGGCCACGAUUAUUGAAAUUGCUGAAGCCUAUUUCAAAACUUUAAAAAAAGAACGAAAUACCACUCCAGCUGCGAAAAUUCUAAAUGAUCAACGAUCACGACGUCGUAGGCGACGUGAGACGAAAUCAUCUAAUCGUUUAGCUGCGUUAAAUAAAAUUCCGGAAGAUCAACUAUUAUACUCUAAAAGUGAAGUCGAAAAGUUACUUUCCUUUGAAGCAAUGUCUCCAGAAGUGUCUGAUGAUGAGGAAAUGGUUAGCUCAUCGAAUGAACAAGAUAAUGUGUCUGAAUUAUCCAGAAAAAAAUUAUUGAUACCAGUUUUUCCUUGGAUGAGCAUUGAGGGAAAUCGUAUUCGCAAUCUUGUAGAUAAUGUAGUCAAACGAACUCGAGUAGAAAAGCUAAAUUCUGGAGGUCGACAUUCUUAUAUUGCACCUAUACCACGCGAAAUUGUUAAAAUGGACGAUCCACGAUGGAUUAAGAUGCGAUCAUUAAUUCCCGCAAGACCAGAAGAUCUUCCGAUCUGGGCAUGGAAUUCAGAUGAAUACUUUGACGAAAUUUAUGAUGAAUGA